AUCACAGGAAAUACUACAUGCUGUAUUAUUGCUAUUUUUUAUUAUGAAAUGCAAAAAAAUAGUUUUUACAGCCAGGUAUAAUUUGUAGCUUUGAUUGCAGUAGAUGUCAACUUCUGAAUGAUUUCGGAGUCAGUAGUGUUGAUGCAAAUUUUUCUUGUAACAAUCGAUUAGUAACCAAGGCCACAAAUGUCUCCUCCGAUUCCUCAAAUGCCCCUUUGGUUAAAGUCUUUGGCCAUUCAAUGGGUUGAAAGGCCCAACCUGGGGGGGAGAAUUACAUUAUUACAAAACAGCAUAAGGUAGAGCCAUUUGAUUUUGAAAUUGUUGCCUAAGGUUAGAAUAGACCCACUUGCCAGACACGUUUAAUGGAUGAGACACGGAAUCAAAAUAUAUAAUUCCCAACCCACCAAGGUGUGCGUUACAUCGCGGACAUGUAGCCACUGUCCAGGCAUAUCCAGGAUACCAGGUGAAAUGUUUGUCCGCGGGCCAGUGCUUGACAACGUCUGCUUUUCUGAAAGUCAUGACUUCAAACUGGUAGCCCUGUGGGUUUUCGAACCGCUGGACGGGCACUCUUCUUUCUCCAACAACCGUAUCAUUUCUAUAAGAGAGCGCAAGUCGACUGUGGAUAAAGUUGGCAUCUUUCUCAAUAGCCAAUUCAUGUCCACAGGACCUGCAGAGUAACAAGUCACCGACUUCUUCUCCAACACAGGAUUCGACGAGUUUAAAAUCGCACAGAAAUGCAGUGAAAAACAGAAGUGUUUGUAGCCGAAUUCCCCACAGCGGUCUCACUCUGACCGCCAUUGUUGGCAACAAUGUAGCAACUCGAAUCGCAUAUUUAUACUUGUGUAUCAUUCUAUGUGUGCAAUCAUGCAAAUCUAUCAUAUAUUUUGCGCCUAGAUGCAAAUCAGGAACGAGCGAGUUCGGAAGAAACACGAGAGUAGUCGGAAAUGGCGCUUCCUUACAGCCGAUUCAUAUAUUUAUAGACAUCUCAAAUUUGGUUCGUUUGAAAACCUCCCACAUUAACUGGAAAACCACGUAAUGUUUACACGGACCGUCUAGAUCGAAUUAAUCCCUUCUCGCAUUGCGCCGUCUACAGGUAGGAGGUGGGCAUUUCACGGAAAUAUUACGUGUUGAACAGGACGUCCUGUUACUACUGGCAACGUAAACUCGAACGUGGGUUCAACGAAUGCUCUCCAAUCAGACAGGUGUCUACAAAUCGGUUAUGAACGAGCCAAUUGCGUACGAGAUGACCGGAACCUGUCCCGUCAGCAGAGAUUCAGUAGGUAAACAAAAGUCUAAGGGCUUCAGCAAACUGUAGAGCACGUUUAUGAACAUCUUAUAUUUAAGAUGAACUGAUUAUUGGUAAAUAAUGAAAACGCGUGAUUCUUCCCCACCAUUGCACGUUCACGUGCCAGAGACCACACCUGUACAUGUACACCUGAAGAGUCAGAAGAGCUGUACUGCAAAUGCAAAGACCCCACAGAUGAAGAUUAAAGAGGUGCAAAUCAAAGGGGAUAUUGGGAACCUGCGUGCCAGAGCGAGGUCCCGGGCCCCCUGGGUGCCGGCCCCAGGAAGAACCUCCACUCGGGAUGACGCAUACAAGUGGGAGGGGCCUUUGUACUGUCUGGAGAUCACACCUGUAUCACAGGCUAACCCUUCCCUGUCCCCACUUCAGUUGACUGACCUGUCUGAUGAGGAUAAACAAGAGCAGAGGAUACAUAGCCAGUGUAACAAAUAUAGGAGGAAGAUUGAUGGACUCAUGAUGGAUGUUGGUUCUCCAAAGAAUGACGUGAGGCUGUGGAAGAAGGAGCGUAUGAUGGAGUACCAGUCAGAGUGUCUGAGCGCUUGCCAGCGUGUCAUCGACGAGCAGGAGGAGGAGCUGCUGGAUGCCACCAAAGAGCUGGACCUCAGAGAACGAAAGAAGAUCUCCAUCCAACACUCCCUACGGAAGAGGGGCGAAACAGGCUACAACAGUGCUUUUUCGGGGACUCUACACGGGGAAAGAUGCAUGCUACUGAGAAAGCUGGUAGAAGCGGAGUUUGACGGGGUGGCAUUGGUCACACAGUUGACAGCCCUGAAUGAGUCCAUGGGUGGUGUGAAAAAGGAUAAGCGGUUGUCCAAGGUGGACGCUGCCCUGCUUGGUAGGCAGCAGGAGUUGCUGACAAAGAAGAUAGAAACAUUUGACAGCACAAACCGCACUCUUCGAGAACUCCUCAGGGAGUGCCAUGAGCGAGAGAUAGAAUCAUUGAGGACGUCAGAGCAAAGGCAAGGCCUACUGAAGAGACUGGCGGACACAGAAGCAGAAAAAAUUCAUCUUGCUGCAAAACUCAACAACAAAGAGAAGGAAGCCACCCAGCUUGCAGUACGGUUGGAUUCUGAAAAGGACAUUGUGAAGACCACAGGAGAGCUGUCUAAAGUUCUGGAGUCAACCUGCAGCCAGCUUAUGGUUCAGUUACGCAGCAAAGAGACUGAAAAUGACCGCCAGGCCGGCCGGAGUAAAGUGAUGGAGCAGACCCAGGAGCAGCAGAAGGAGGAGAUACAGGCCCUGCUGGAGCAGCUGAAGCGACAGCGUAAAGAGGACAAAGAGAGUCUGAAGCUGGCCAACCAGAGGCAGAGGGCAGAGCACAGUGAGGAUUCAGCCAGACAUCUCUCUGCACAGCUGCUGGAGAAGGAGACUGAGUUGGCAGAGGCCCUUACCUCAGCUGAGAGCUGGUGUACCCGCCACUCGAAAGAGGUGACUGUUAAGAGCCAGCUUGAAAUGGAAAUCGCUGUUCUCAAGAACCAGGUGAGUGAGCUGACUGCACAGAUCCACACUGUGGAGGAGAAAGGCCAUCCAGAGAGGGAGGGGCUCCUGGACCAGCUGCACCGCCUCACCUCUGACAACUCCUCCAACAAACUACAGAAUCAGAAACUGAAGACCACCCUGUCUGCUGCACAGGAGACCCUGAUGCAGUCCCAGUCUGAAGCCCAGCAGCUGAAGAGUUCAGUCAAGAAGCUAGAGAGCCAGUUGGAAACCUAUAAGCGCAAGGUUCAGAGGGCUCGAUUAGAGUCAGAGGAGUACUGCUUAAAGCUAGACAUCUCUGAGAAACACGCACAAGGGAUGAAGGCUGACCUGGAGAGGGAGAUUGAGCAGGUCAGGAGGCAGCUGCUGGGGCGUCUGAAAGAGCUGGAGCCUCUGCCUGAGAGGCUGAAGCGUUCUGAGCUGCAGUUGAGAGUGGCCCAGGAAGAGACACAGACUCAGGAGAGGAGAAACACUGAGCAAAACAAUGCCCUGUCUGAACUCAGACACAAGGUGGAACAACAGGGAUGUUGGGUGGAGACUUUUCAAGACAAUAAUUUUCUUCUGGUGGAGGAGCACAAAAAUCUGCAGCAGAAGAUAGAGAGUAUAGAGAGGAAACUGGAGGAGGCAAACUUGCAGAACAGAGAUAUGGUCCAUCUAAUUGGCAAGCGGGAGGAGACCAUCCACAGCACCCAGAAACAGCUGGAGGAGCGGGCCUGGGAGUGCAGCAUCCUCUCCAAGCAGCUGGAGCAGGCCUUCGAGGAUGGACAGAGACAGGCGGAUCAGAGCCUGGAGCGGGCUUUAUUCAAAGAGAGGUCCAUCCAGACCAAGGCUCUGGACCUGGAGAGCCAACUGGGCCUCAGAAGGACAGAGCUCAGUCAGUUACGCAGAAGCAAAGAGGAUAUGGAGCGACGAUUCCAGAAUCAGUUGAAGAACAUGAAAGCGAGACUGGAACAAUCUGACUCUACCAAUCACAGCCUGCAGAAUUAUGUUCAGUUUCUCAAAGCUUCAUAUAGUAAUGUGUUUGGUGACUCUGUGCUAUCAAGCUCUCUACACACACACUUACCAAUCUGAUUGAAUAGUGUUAGCCUUAUAUUGUAUGAGUUGUGUACCAAUGAUCUAUUUGUUAUUUUCAGUAUACAUGUACUGUAUAUUGUUUAUCAAAACUAUGAUAAAAUCUUAAAGUGAAAAUGGACUAUCAGACAUGUUUCACUCUUACACAAACAACAAACUCACAACAUGUAUAAAAAACGAAAUACCGGUACUUAUCCAGUGUUUUUCCCAAGUAUUUUCCUUAGAUACAUUAAAAAAUAUAUAUGUUUUGAUUUAAUUGUAU